AUGCUGAUAAUCACGAUUCACAAGUAUUGGUGUGCGUGCCACCAUGUAGUCGUGGUUAUCCUCGCACCUUCUCUGGUCGAACCUACCAGGAUUAGGACCAAGAAAAAUGCCGACGUUGAUCUGAGAACGCCGGAAUUGUUGAAGAAAUAUGGUUAUCCGAUUGAAAUUCAUCAUACCGUUACCGAGGAUGGAUACAUCCUGGCUAUGCACAGGAUCCCUGGCGUCCUUUCGAAAGGCGAAUAUAAGGAAGCGUGGAGAGGUCCUGUUCUCCUGCAACACGGACUGGCGGGCAGUUCAGCGGACUGGGUCAUAAUGGGUCCCAAAAGGUCCUUGGCUUACUUACUCGCCGAUCGGGGAUACGACGUCUGGCUUGGAAACAGUCGUGGAAAUCUUUACUCAAGAAAUCAUACCGUCCUUUCACCAGAGAACAAGUUGUUCUGGAAUUUCAGCUGGCACGAACUUGGGGUUUUUGACCUCCCGGCAACGGUGGAUUACAUCCUCGCUCAGACGUUGCUACCGAAAAUCUUUUACAUCAGUCACUCUCAAGGAACGACACAGUUCUGGGUCAUGGCCUCGGAACGUCCUUCGUACAAUGAGAAGAUCAUAUUAAUGGCUGCAUUGGCGCCCGUAGCGUACACCAGUAAUCUACGAGGGCCGGUAACGAAACUUGCUGUACUGACACCAAUUGGAGUGUGGGUCGGGGAGAAUUUUGGAUAUCCGGAAUAUACGCCAAGAUCAACAUGGGAAAACCUCGUUUCGAACUUCAUAUGUAGGGAUUCCUCUUUCACCCAGUUUUUGUGCAGUACCGUUCUUUUCCUCAUUGCUGGCUUCAGUCCCGACGAACUAGACUCUACGAACCUACCUGUAAUUAUUGGCCAUAUACCAGCUGGCGCGUCCUGGAAGCAGUUCAUACACUUCGGGCAAGGGACUAUGGAACAGGGACGUUUCCGAAAAUUCGAUUACGACAGCGUUGAAAAGAACUUGCGUGCCUACAACGUCAGUGCACCACCAGAAUAUCCUUUGGAAAAAAUUACAGCCCCAGUUGCAUUUUUCAGCAGCAAAAAUGACUGGCUCGCUACGCCAAAGGAUGUCAGUCUUCUGGCAUCGAGGCUCCGUAGCUUGAUGCUGUCUUACAUAGUGCCCGUGGAUACUUUCAAUCAUUAUGACUUCCUGUGGGGAAUGCACGCUCCGGAAUUGGUCUACGAGCGUCUCUUCACGCUGCUGGAAGAAUUUUCUACAUGAAUACUUGAAAAUCCUCCACCUGAAAAUGUUCAAACAGUUAAUAUGUAUAAUAUUUCUGUGCAGCUACUGUCUGAUAACCAUCACACCACUUGAAUAAAUUCAGUUCCUAGUCAAUAACGAAUACGAAGAAUUUUCACAGCUAAUUUAAAGUCACGACAAUUUGGUGUUGUCAACGAUCAAUGAGCCUUACUUAUUUAGUU